CUCACCUCAGUCAGUCGGUUAACGGCAGGAACGAAAUUAUUUUAUCAGUCGAUACGUAAGAGCGAGAGAAAAUCGUUGUGUUUGUAAAAGCUCACCUUGUGUUUUAUUGUAUUACACCGUGGAGUGCGAUUUAGGUGACGUGAUUAUUAAAAUUAUUAUCGUUCGAAAUAACAUAUUUUAACCGUGGUGAAGUGGUUGUGAAUUUUAUACUCAAGUGCUUAAUUUUUCUUUAUUUUUUAAUUAGAUGCUGUUCUGGAACUUUUUAAAAGAAGAAGUUUAACAGCAAUCCACAAAUGUUUCGAAAACACCGCACCAAAGCAAUACCGCCCCCACAAAUCAACGGGCACGAGCUGGAGAAUAAUAAUGUAGUAAAUAAGAGUCCUCCAGAAUCUCCAAUAAUUCACUCCCUGCAAUUUUACUGUCAACUGGCCCAUGGAAGUCCGACAGCUUUUGUAUCCGGAUUCUCAAAUGUCAAAGAACUUUAUAAGAAGAUUGGAGAUGCUUUCGAUAUGCCCGAAUCUGAGAUCAUCUUUUGCACAUUAAACACAUACAAACCUGAUAUGAAGAAGCUUCUUGGUGGCCAAAUAGGAUUAGAAGAUUUCAUUUUUGCUCAUAAAAAAGGUACGCCUAAAGAAGUAGAACUAGUGAAAAGUGAAGAUUCGCUAGGGCUUACAAUAACUGAUAAUGGUGCGGGAUACGCAUUUAUCAAAAGGAUCAAAGAAGGUUCAGUUAUUUCAAACAUUCCUCAUAUUAAAGUUGGAGAUCACAUUGAACGACUCGACGGGCAUAACAUGGUAGGAAAACGACAUUACGAAGUGGCUUCGGCGUUAAAGAACAUUCCGGUAGGCGCAACGUUUACUAUAAGACUCGUGGAACCGAUGUCAAGUGGUUUUGGUCAAAUAGCGCCGAAAGGAAGCACGCGUGGUGUACCUAAAAAGGCAGGAUAUGGUACUGGAUACCAAACGUUAAGGUUCAAAGCGGGCGGACAGGCAGAGUUACAAGAUCAGGACGACUCGAUGGACCUCGGAAUCGACAAAAUCAACAGCGUAUUAGAAUCCUUUAUGGGAAUCAACGACGCGGAGCUCGCAACUCAAAUUUGGGAGCUAAGCGAAGGCAAAAAGAACUCGAUGGAGUUUGCGGAUGCAAUUGACGACUCGGAUUUGGCAGCUUUUGAAUUCACUGACGAACUGAUCAUUGAACUAUGGGGAUGUGUUACAGAUGCCAGACAAAGGCGAUAUAAAUAAACUUGAGUUACUUUAGAAUUAAAACGGUUGAUAAGUGAACAAACGACGAUGAUUUAAAUCGGCCUUAAGUUUUUCUUUUAUUCUCUUGUUGAUGAUAUGAUUACAGGAUACAAUAAAUUAGCAUUUAAAUAAUGAAAUCACUGUCAUUUCUUACAUGUUUUUGUUAUGUAUAGGUUUAAAAAACACAAACAUAUUAUUUAAUUAAAAAGAUUAUAGAUUAUUAUAAGUUUGUAAAAUAUUAAAAUUUAGUAUUAUUUUUAAACAUAAAAAUUAGCUUUAAGUUUUAAAACUUAUACUUCUUAAGAAAAUAUAUAUGUAAGUUAAUAAUAUGAUUAAAAGUUA